CAAGCGACAUCUCUCUAUACUUUGAUCGAGCUAAAGAAUCUGCUAGAGAUUCGGAACGUUACUGAGAAAAAUGCCUAUCCACUCAUUUCGAUAGGUUAUUAAUGUCGUAGGAAAGGCACUGUGUGGGACAACAGAAUAACAAAUAAAAAUAAUUCACUGGAAACAUUUGAUAUUUGUUUAAAACUAUAUUACAGUUUUUUAACCUGUUUGUCAGUUGUUUACAUGUUAGUAAACUGAUAUGUAAAUUGCAGUUACGUUGCUAAAUAACGUGCAGACAAAAAUUUGUUUCCUCAUUAGUUAGAAUGGUUCCUGAGAGUGCAAAUGAGAAAACAGAUAGCUUUCCAAAACCUGAAGUUGUAUUGCAGCAGUUACAGGUAUUUUUGAAUGGAGCUACUAGAAUUGCUAAGGUACGAAAUGCUGAAGUUGCACAAGCAGCAAUAUGUUUGCUUAAAUCUACAGAAGCUGCUCGAGAUGCUGCUUUAGAACAUGCAUACAAUCUGUUUGAUGAGUCUGUUAAUAACUUUCUCAAGCUCGAAAUUGAAGAUAGAACUUCAGAUAGUGCUUGUUCCAAUGAUGCUAUCGUUCAAGAAGUUCAUAAAGUUCUUUCUGAAUAUGUGGACAAAGAACCUGAAACAUGGGCUCCUGUGAUUUCAACAUGGUCUCUUGAUCUUUUAGGUUAUCUUAGUAGCAAGUAUGCAGAUCGUAGAGGUGUACUGCAUUCUAGUCUUCCAGAAGUAUUGCAACUAUGGAUGUCGUGUCCCCCAACUAGAACGCUUAUUGACUUGACAACACAAUGCCUUUCAACACUGGUUAGUAGUAAUCCUGAUACAUGCAUAGAUGCUUUAAUUGAAACGUCUGUGCGACAUUCGCCUCAUUUUGACUGGGUUGUUGCACAUAUUGGUUCAUGUUUUCCAAAUACUGUAAUCACUCGAGUAUUGGCUUGUGGAAUGAAAGACUUUAUGCAUCAAGAUGUGACAGAUGAGGCUCAAAUAAGUGCAAAUAAAAACCCUAAAAUAGCAUCUGUUGUUGGAAUUCUAGGCCAUCUUGCAACUCAUCAUGAUAGUGAUACCCGAUCUGCUAUAAGAAAUUUAUUUAACGAGAGUUUCUCUGACAAUGCAUCUCGAGAACAAUUAGCUGCAGGUCCUUUUUUACUUCAUUUAGCUGCAAUGUCUGACACAUUGUCACAUGUCAUUUCCUCCGAAUUUGUAAAAGUAGUGAAUCCUGAAGUUUUGAAUAAGAUGUAUCAUCAGGUCGAGAAAUGGAAAUUGGCCAAAAUUCCUGGAACUGAAGGAUUAGCAAAUUUAGUGGUUCAUCUGCUUCUUCGUAGUGAUGGUGGUUGUCAAGUAAUUAGAUGUCUACUGAAUAUUAUGCCACCAUCGUCCAUGUAUAUUCAUGUUGGGAUAAGAGAAGCUGCUGGUCUGAUUCUAGAUUCUGUUUUAUUAGAGAUUCAACGACGUGCAUAUGGUGGAGCUGCUGAAAUACCACUACUGCAUUUUCUUAAAAGUCAUGUUGCUGAUUUAAUUACUUGUUUAUCUAAUCCAGAUACCAGUAAAGCUAGCUGGGUUUUAAAUCUGUUAAAGCUUAUCUGUUUCCACGGUGAAGAUCCAGCAACUGUGUUUGUUCUUGGAUUCUUGUUAAGUAAUGUUGAAGGAUCUGCACCCUUUGUCAGUAAUAUUUAUACAGAUAUCCGAAUGCAUCAACCAAAUGCCCUUUGUUCUACAAUUUCCCAUGAGAUGGCAGAGUUGAAAUCAAACAGAAUUGAAAAACCAGUAACUCUGAUACAAAACAUCACUAAUCUAUGUCAAAGAGAACAGUGGCAUACUUUAGUAGCUCAAGGUAUGUCUCUUAAUUUAGAAGUAUUGGCUGGACAAGUAAAUAGCAGAAAUACUGAUUAUUCAGAUGCUGUUGUAGAACUUCUUUCCAUUUGUGUUAAUCCCAAACAGAUGCCAAUGAGUUCUCUUUUUAUUGUGUGUUCAUCUGUUGUCAAUUAUUUUUUUCAUCUUUUAGGCAGGGAGAAUUUGGAUUUGGUUAUUAAGAUUACUUUAAUUAAUAAUGUUAAAAGUUUACUAUCAAAUUUAUGUCAGCAAUCUUCCGCGCAGCAUGCUGUCAUUCGCAUGCUUUUGGAAGGUAUAAUCGAUAAAAAGUAUGCAGUGAUAUUUGGAUCAAAAGGGCAGCCUGAUUUAAAAAAUACACCCAGUCCUACUUAUCUCUUGAAUGAAAAUGUGAAAUAUCUGUCAUCCAUUACUCUUCCACAAAGUCAUUCUUCAGUUUUUCAUUCUGGUAUUAUUGGUUCUGGAUUAAGGGUUGCUAAUAGGAAGCAAAAGAUGGCUAAAGACAUUGUGAUGCUUAAUAAGCAAGUAAUACUUGAUGUUAUACAGGCAUGUUGUAAAGCAUCUUGGCGAUUUCCCCUGGAUGAAAUUUCAAAUUCAAAUAUGUCACUGAUUCCUGGUAUGAAGAUUGUUUCUCUGCUUAUGGUAGAAUUAAUAUCACCUGAUGUGAUGUUUAAUGGUUUACCAUGGCCUGAUGAAGAUUAUUUAAAGGUUACAGUUGAAAGAGAUUUGCAUAUAAAGAGAAUGUUUGAAGAUCAUAAUAUUCUGUGGGAUUUAUUAUCUUUAGUUGCUACUGUUCACCCAUCUCUUUGUUAUUGUAGUGUCCUUUUGAGAGCAGUUAUGGCUGUCCUCCUCUCAUUUUGGUGCAGUAGCCAAGAAAAAAUGACAACAAAUUCUCCAAAAGAACUAGAAACUAGCCAGCGCCUUAUUAAUAUAAUGGCAAUGGGUCAGCUCUUGCCUCCACCAUUAUCUUAUAUUGAUGAAGUUUUGCCCUUUAUCACUCCUUAUGAAGCAUUUAAUUUACUAUCUGAUAUUUGGCAGUAUAUGAGAGAUAAUGUACCCAGCCCUGCAUUAUUUUAUCCUAAAACAUCAAAUUCUGCAAGAGUUUGGAGAGAUUUCCAAUGUGAUGGUAAAGAAGGUCAAAGACAAUUUUGUGAUAAAAAAUAUACCAACCGAUUAAGGUUUAUUUUAUUUGCAAAUAUUGAAAAGUUUGGUGCUGUAUAUGCUAAAUUUUUCCCCAUUGAAUAGACAGAGCUAUUAUUUUUACUUUGUCAUCAUAUCAUGCAAUUUUAAAACAUCUUGUAUUCGGACGUUAAUUAAUGCUUUUAACUAUUGAAACUGACAUUUUAUCCUUUUCAUCCUCCUUUCUGAAGGAAGUUUCGAUUUAUUGAUCAUGUGUUAUAUAAUAAUAAACUGUUGAUGACUUUGAA